UUUGUCACAGGCCAUAAACAAAAAGGUACGCUCCAGCCUCCAGCCUCCAGUAGAGGUAGGAACUACUAGCAUCACAUUCCCCUCCCCGCGCCGCCCGGACAGGACAGCGCAAAAGGCCACCUUUCCUUUUCCUCCGACGAGGCCGGCCGGAGCUUUGGGACUUGGGAGUGAUUGAUUCCAUAUCAUUGCGCAUUAGGUGCGCGAUCUCCGUCAACCUCCUUGCCUCCACUCCACAGCCCACGCAUCCCCCUGCCGCUGCCUGCGCCUACAUAUCUGACAAACGACCUCCGCUCUGCACCGUGCCGAGACUGCCGACUACCGACAGACACGGUGGUCUGCCACUGCCAGUCUGCCACUGCCAGGCGCCGUCCUGCAGAGAUGGCAGCGGCGCUGAGGCCGAGGCUGCUCGUGCUGCUCGCGGUGGCGGCCGCGGCGACCGGGCCGUCGUGCGCCGGCGCCGGCCGCGUCGACCUGUGGCCAAUGCCGGCGUCGGUCGCCCGCGGCGCGCAGACGCUCCUCGUCAGCAAGGACCUCAGGCUGUCCACGGCCGGGAGCAGCUACCCCGACGGCAAGGGCAUCCUCACGGAGGCGUUCCGGCGGAUGGUGGCCGUCGUGGAGCUGGACCACGCCAUCAACGGGACCUACUCCCGGGGCGCGCCCGUGCUCGCCGGCGUCCACGUCGCCGUCCGCUCGCCCAACGACGAGCUCAACUUCGGGGUGGAUGAAUCGUACAGGUUGUCUGUGCCUGCCACUGGGGAUCCGCUGUAUGCCCAGAUCGAGGCUCAAACAGUUUACGGAGCGCUUCAUGCCUUGGAGACAUUUAGUCAACUGUGCAGCUUUGACUUCAAUGCAAACCUGAUCGAACUUCAUUCAGCUCCAUGGACUAUCCUGGACGCUCCCAGAUUCCCUUACCGAGGGCUCCUCAUCGAUACUUCAAGGCACUAUCUUCCUGUCCCAGUGAUAAAAGGUGUGAUCGACUCAAUGACCUUCAGCAAGCUGAACGUUCUUCAUUGGCAUAUCGUGGACGAGCAAUCGUUUCCGCUCGAAAUAUCUUCCUACCCAAAGUUGUGGAACGGCGCUUACUCUUAUUCAGAGAGAUAUACAGUUGAUGAUGCACUCGACAUCGUACAGUAUGCUGAAAAAAGAGGCGUGAAUGUCUUGGCUGAGAUUGAUGUACCUGGCCAUGCUCUUUCAUGGGGUGUCGGAUAUCCAUCAUUGUGGCCAUCAGCUACAUGCAAAGAACCGCUUGAUGUCAGCAAUGAAUUUACAUUUCAACUGAUCAAUGGAAUUCUUUCAGAUUUCAGCAAGAUUUUUAAGUUCAAGUUUGUCCAUUUGGGCGGAGAUGAAGUAAACACAAGUUGCUGGAGUACCACACCACACAUUAAGUCGUGGUUGAUGCAACAUAGCAUGAAUGAAUCUGAUGCCUACAGAUAUUUUGUACUGAGAGCUCAAAAGAUAGCGAUAUCACAUGGUUAUGACAUCAUUAACUGGGAAGAGACAUUUAACAACUUUGGAGACAAGCUGGAUCGCAAAACAGUGGUGCAUAACUGGCUUGGAAGUGGAGUUGCAGAGAAAGUGGUUGCUGCUGGUUUGAGAUGCAUCGUAAGCAACCAGGAUAAGUGGUACCUAGAUCACUUGGAUGCUACAUGGGAAGGAUUUUACACGAAUGAACCACUGACAAAUAUCUACAACCCGGAGCAGCAGAAAUUGGUACUUGGUGGUGAGGUAUGCAUGUGGGGCGAACACAUUGAUGCAUCAGACAUUCAGCAGACAAUUUGGCCACGUGCUGCAGCAGCUGCAGCGAGCAUGAAUGUAUAUGCAGACUACGAAAAGACUAGACAUGCCUGCACAGUAUGAAAGGCAUAAUAAGUUAAGUCUAUCAGGUUUAUAAACGCUCAUAAGUUACAUUUCAAUUAACAAUGUAUAGUUUUGAUUUGAGUUCUCUCGCAAAAAAAAAAAACAAAGUUUUGUCUGUAUCAAGUUGCCUUGACUCACCGCAUCACUUACUGAUUUGAAGAGCGGCUAUGGACACCAAUUGAGAAGCUGGCGAAGGACACAAGAUCGGUCACUGCAAGAUUGGCACGCUUCAGGUGCUUGCUGAAUCAAAGAGGGGUUGCUGCUGCACCACUAGCUGGUUAUGGCCGCUCGGCACCAUCAGAACCAGGUUCCUGCUUAAGGCAGUAGAUAUUUUUCAUAGAGUAGAUUAAUAAACAUAAUUCCAGGCAUCCAAUUUACUUCUCUGAGCGAUUAAAAAUAGCUCGGAUCGAUGUAAGGCGAACCCGCAGAAUGUUCCUAUUUUUCUGAUGCGCUCUAUUCAUUUGGAGAUGUCUGGUCAUGUUUUACUUUCAGUGUAAGGUCAUGAAUAUCAAGAUUUAGUUUCAUACACCAAUGAAACAAAAAAAAUAAUUAGCAUGUGUUCUAAAGAAAGGUGCUUCAAACCUUGCAAGAA